GCCACGUGACUGCAGACUGCCGCUGCGCACUCACUGCAACUUGCAACUGCUGCUUUCUGUUUGUUUUUGUUUUGUUAGCUUUUAGUCAUAGAUGAGGGGGUAUAAUUUGAUUUUGAUUCCUUGCCCCUUGUUUGUCACCUUGCUGGACGACGAGCUUUUAUCAAAGACAAAGGUGGUCAUUUUUUGGGGGAAUAGAGCAGUGAAAGCAUUUUAUAUAUUUUUAAUAUAUAAUUCAUACAGUUUAUAUAUUGGCCAUGGAAUUUAAAGUUGAAAUUAAGGAACACUUCCUUGAAUAUAACCAAACAGAUACAGAGAACCAACCAUCCAUAAAUCAGGAAAACUUCAAAAAUGAACUGGAAGAUAAUUCAGAAAUGGAACUAAAAGCGGAAAUUAAGGAAGAGUUUCCAGAAGGUUGUCAAGAACAUAUAGAGACUCAGCUAUUUACUUCCUCAGAUUUUCAAGACGUGACAAAUAAAGCAGAUGAAGAUAACUCAGGGUUUUCUCAGAAAGGAAUGGAAAUCAUUCAAAGUGAAGCUCCAUGCAUUACAGAUCAACAAAUAAGUGCAAACACUGAAGGAACAACGUUAAAAGAAUCUAUUUAUAAGUGCGAAAUUUGUUUUAAGCAGUUUAAUCGAGCUGCUACUUUGAAACGUCAUUUGCGAGUGCAUACUGGAGAAAAAUGUCACAAGUGUGAAAUUUGUUUCAAAGAGUUUAGUAGAGCAGGGAAUUUGAAAACACAUUUGAGAACACAUACUGGGAAAAAACCGUAUAAAUGUGAAAUCUGUUUUAAGCAGUUCAGUCGAAUGGAUAAUUUGAAAAAUCAUUUGAGACGGCAUGCUGGAGAAACUCCUCACAAGUGUGAAAUUUGUUUAAAGCAGUUUUCUCAGAAAGACCAUUUGAAAACACAUUUGAUACUUCAUACUGGGGAAAAACCUUAUAAGUGUGAAAUUUGUUUUAAACAGUUUUCUCAGAAAGUACAUUUGAAAAAUCAUUUGAGACUGCACACUGGAGAAAAACCUUACAAGUGUGAAAUUUGUUUAAACCUGUUUACUCAAAAAGGUAAUUUGAAAAAACAUUUGAGAGUGCAUACUGGAGAAAUGCCUUAUAAGUGUGAAAUUUGUUUCAAAGAGUUUAGUAGAGCAGGGGAUUUGAAAACACAUUUGAGAACACAUACGGAGAAAAAAUCGUAUAAGUGUGAAAUUUGUUUUAAGCAGUUAAGUCGAAUAGACCAUUUGCAAAAUCAUUUGAGACUGCACACUGGAGAAAAAACUUACAAGUGUGAAAUUUGUUUAAAGCUGUUUACUCAAAAAAGUAAUUUGAAAAGACAUUUUAGAGUGCAUACUGGGGGAAAACCUUAUACGUGUGAAUUUUGUUUCAAAGAGUUUAGUAGAGCAGGGGAUUUGAAAACACAUUUGAGAACACAUACGGAGAAGAAAUCGUAUAAGUGUGAAAUUUGUUUAAAGCAGUUAAGUCGAAUAGAUCAUUUGAAAAAUCAUUUGAGACUGCACACUGGAGAAACACUUUACAAGUGUGAAAUUUGUUUAAAGCCGUUUACUCAAAAAAGUAAUUUGAAAAGACAUUUUAGAGUGCACACUGGGGAAAAACCUUAUACGUGUGAAUUUUGUUUCAAACAGUUUAGACAUGCACAUUCUUUGGAUAAACAUGCUAAAGUUCACACUGCAGAAAAGGUUUACAAGUGUGAAAUCUGUUUUAAACAGUUUUCUCAGAAAGAACAUUUGAAAAUACAUUUGAGAGUGCACACUGGGGAAAAACCUUUUAAGUGUGAAAUUUGCUUUAAACAGUUUUCUUACAAAUGUAAGUUAAAACUACAUUUGAGAGUGCACACUGGGGAAAAACCUUUUAAGUGUGAAAUUUGUUUUAAACAUUUUUCUUGCAAACCUCAUUUGAAAAUACAUUUGAGAGUGCACACUGGUGAAACUCCUUACAAAUGUGAAAUUUGUUUGAGACGGUUUAGUCAUAAAAAUGCUUUGGAUGAACAUGCUAAAGUUCACACUGGAGAAAAGCCUCACCAGUGUGAAAUCUGUUUGAAGCAAUUUAGACGAAGAAAUACUUUGAAAAUGCAUUUGAUGUUUCACACUGGAGAAAAGCCUUACAAGUGUGAAAUUUGUUUUAAACAGUUUACUCAUAAAAUUUCUUUGAAUAGACAUGCGAAAGUUCACACUGGGUAAAAGCCUUACAGGUGUGUAGUGAUGUGGACUGGGAAUAUUCCCAGUGGGAAGGAAUUUUAAAAAUGGGAAUAUUCCCUCGGUCAUUAUAUUUUCUAAAAAGUGGGAAUUUAUUAAAAAGCCUGCUUAUUUUUAUCAUUUUAGCUGUUUUUUAGGAUGUAUGUGUCUCAGUGUGAUCUGCUUCAACAAAAUUUUACUUUUUAUCUGAAAAUACUGACAUAGCGAGGUACUCUACACUCUACAGUAUUUUCAUCGCUUAUUAGGCCUGUUUUAAAGCAAGUAUCGAGUCUUUAUUUGUCCCUAAAUGUACAUUAUGUUUAAAGUGUUGGCAUCUGGACAAAUAGGGAAUAAACUUACCAAAAAAUAAUAUGUAUAUUUAAUUUAUACUAGUAAAUUUACUAAAUAAUUUUAUUAAAUUAGGUCAAUUCGAUUUUGUUUUGUCAGAAUAACAUUACUUAUUAAUCAGGAUUAAAAGAAGUUUAAUUUAUUGAUAAAAAGACUAUAAUGAACAGCACUCCAAAGGAAGGUUCUUUAAGCCGAACGACGUCGACCGAUGGUAGGCUUGAUAAGAAUGGACCUGACGAAGAGAAGGUCGAUGACGAGGUUGUGCAAGAUCAAAGCCGUGAGGAUGAUGAUGACGAUGAUAAAUUACAAAUGAAUGUAAAUGACAGCAAGUUGGAUGGAGUAUUCUUUGAUGACAGUGAGAGUGAAUAGACUCAUGAUAUUUUUUAUGUUACUACUUAUAGGCCUAUUCGUUUUUUUUAUAUCAGUAAUUGUUAUGUCUGUAUAAGUUUUUUUCACUAACUAUAUUUUUUGUAUUUUUGAACUUGAGAAGUUGUUGAAUUAUUUUUUGCCUGAUUUAAUUAGAAUAUGAAUCCAACAAUAAGUUUCCAUUUAAUGUAAUAAAUAACUAUUUUUUAAAUCAGUUUCGGUGUAAAUAAUAAAUUCCCGGGAAAAUAUGAAUUUUGGGAAUAUUCCCUCGAGAAUAAAUUCCCGGGAAUUUUACAUCACAAUAAGUGUGUAAUAGUCCAAUCAACAGCCAUUUUCUCGUAGAAUCUUGAGAACCAAGGUAGAUUUCAUUGAAAAUUUGGAUUUAGGUAGUAAUUAUAACCUUUGUCAAAAUCUACCCUAUGCCGAAGUGCGCUUUUGCCCUGGGAGUGAAAACAACCCCAUCUAGGGAAUGACAAUUUUUUAAUCAAAAUAAUUAUGGAAAUCGACAGAGUGACCAAUUCUGAGUAAAUUUUGUUCUAAAAAAUUUUUUUGCAAAAUUGACACUUUCCAAGUUGUUUGCGAUUGACACUAUGCAUUUUUCAUUGAAAAAACGCACGUUUUAUAACCGUUUUUUAUGAAUAACUAAAAAAAAAUUAAUUUUAUAGAAAAAAUCAUUA